AUGGAGUCCAUUGUCACACUCCUAUUACUUUCGCCAGUUCUCGCGGCUGGUUCUCUUCAUCCACGUCUCAACAAUGGCCUGGCUAAGACACCACCUAUGGGGUGGAACACUUACAACCACUAUGCAUGCACGCCUAAUGAAACCAUAGUAUACUCCAACGCCAGAGCGCUGGUCGAUCUAGGACUCUCCUCACUAGGCUACCGCUACGUGACCACCGACUGCGGCUGGACGGUAGCUGAUCGGCUGCCGAAUGGCACCUUGACCUGGAACGAGACCUCGUUUCCAAGCGGGUUUCCCGCCAUGGGAAGAUAUCUCCACGGAUUAGGGCUGCUGUUUGGCGUUUACCAGGACUCGGGGAUCAAAUUGUGCGGGAGUCCCCCAGACCAAGUCGGCAGCUUGUACCACGAAGAACAGGAUGCGCAAACGUUCGCUGAGUGGGAGGUGGACUCAUUAAAGUAUGACAACUGCUACUCCGACGCCGCCACCAACUACCCGAAUGUCAACUAUGAGCCUAGCACAUCUCCCCGUCCCCGCUACGCAAAUAUGUCCUCCGCCCUCUCCCGCGUCAACCGGCCAAUCCUCUUCCAGAUCUGCGAAUGGGGUAUCGACUUUCCCGCUCUUUGGGCGCCUGAGCUCGGCCAUUCCUGGCGCAUCGGCAACGACAUUAUCCCCGCGUGGCGAAGCAUCUUCCGAACGCUGAACCAGGCCGUUCCGCAAACCGACUUUGCUGGGCCUGGUCAGUGGCCGGAUCUGGAUAUGCUGGAGGUGGGGAAUGGGGUGUUUUCGGUGCCGGAGGAGCAGACGCAUUUCUCGCUGUGGGCGAUUCUGAAGAGCCCGUUGAUUAUUGGGGCGGCCUUGAAAGAUGAUGUCACUAGUAUCACCCAGGCGUCGUUGGAGGUGCUGAAGCAGGAGGAAGUCGUUGGGUUUAAUCAGGAUGAGCUGGGGGUGAGCGCGAGUCUGAGGCGGAGGUGGUCGGACGAAGGGUAUGAGGUGUGGAGUGGACCACUGUCGGGCAACAGGACGGUGGUGGCGGUCAUCAACUGGAGAAAUGAGUCGAGGGAGCUCACGCUCGAUCUGCCUGAUGUUGGUCUGCAGUAUGCGGGAGUUGUCAGAAAUAUCUGGGGCAAGACUGUGGUUCGUGAUGUGCGAACGUCGUACUCCGCGACGGUGGCAGGACACGGAACGAUGCUGCUGGAGUUGCAGGAUACCGUCCCGUCGGGUUCAUAUCCAGCCAGAAUCUUUGGCAAGUCUACAGGCAGUCAAACAACCACUUUCGAGUCAAUCUACGCAGCUACUACAAGUACAAACUACACGCUGACCAUCACCUUCUCCCGACCAUCCACCGAAACCAUCACCAUCACGACCUCUUCCGGCCAAACCCUCGCGAUCUCCAGCAAAUCCACCCGAAUCGCCCUGGCCUCUGGAUCCAACACCAUCACCAUCCGCCACACCACCCCUAUCGAGUCUAUCCAGAUUACCCCACCAACAGGCACCUACUACGCCAACACAAUCUUCAGCGUUACCGGCAGCGCCCAGCACACCACCUGCGCCUCCGGCUGCAACCCCGUCGGCUCGAAAAUCGGCUACCUCGACCCCACCAGCAACGCCUACACAUGGAUCUCAGCCACCACCCCGGGAUCCAAGUACCUCGAGAUCGACUACAUCAACAACGAGGUCGGCUUCUCGUCAACCUGGGGCUGGGGGUCCAACUCGCGCAAUCUCACCGUCAGCGUCAACGACGGGGCGCCGGUGCGACUGGAGGUCCCGUUGAGCGGACGGCAUAGCGAGCUGUAUUCGCCUGGCAAGGGAUGGUGGGAUACAGCGACGCUGGGGGUUCUGACCUCUGGAUGGAAGAGGGGGGAGAAUAAGGUCGUGAUUGGGAACGAGGGCGGGGAGGAUGGGUUCCAAUCUUAUGCAGCGGAUUUUGUGGGUGUCAGGGUUUUGGAUUAA